UCGGAAGGGGUCCGCCAAAGGGCGUCAAACCGAGGCUGUUAGAAAAGCACUUGUUUCGGGACGUAAACAAACCUUUGUUUUGGGGCUAUCAUUCGAUGAAUUAAAGAAAAUAUACAUCAGUGUAGCAGAGGCUAAGCUCUUGGAAGCCUUGUUGACAAUGCCACCCGGAAGAAUACCGUCGGCGGGGAAGAAAAAGGCUAAAACUCAUGUGAGACCCAGUUCUGCGGCCGCGAAUAUCCAAUCUCAUCCGUCGUACACAAGUGGACUUUUCGACAAUGUUCCCAUCCGUCCCUCAACUGCAGCUGCUGGUGGGAGGAGACCAGAGCCUGCACCACUCGCCCAGAGGCCGGCGACCCAGGCUGCCGGUGGUAGACGGCAAUGGAGGACUACAAAAGAGCCGUCGGCUAUCGAACCGAAGGACAUGCACAAACAACCCCGACGACUGACGAUCGGUGCCGUUGACGGGAUAGCCACUGGGCCUUCUAAGUUGAACAGGCCUGGAAUCGUGUUGGGAAAUCAAGGACAGAUUCUGAAAAGCAAGAUUGAGGAGAGGAUCAACAUUGACACACUCGAGGCUCUCAAAGGGACUUUCAGCGAGGCGGACACAAACAGGAGCGGUCAACUUGAGCUAGAUGAAUUCAAGGCUCUUCUCAAGUCAAAACUUACAGUAUCCGGAAACAGGGAGGCCCAAAUUGACUCGCUGUUUAUGAAGAUUGACUGGGCCUCAGAGGGCGCAAUCACAUGGGAUGAGUUCUGUACGUACAUGCAGCUGGAGUAUGCCGAGAAGGAAGACUCGUACAAACGCGCAAAGGAGGUCGAUUUCCACCUACCCGCUAAAAUUGAGAACAUACCUCAUCGUGACCCUGUCCUGAGAAUUGUCGACACUCCUGAUGGAAACUUUGUGGCCUGUAGUCAGGAUGGGAUGGUGUCUUUCUGGUCUGCCAACAUUGACCUGAAGAGGACCAGACAUGUUGUGGACACAGAACGUUCCUCCAGAGUAAAACCCAAGUGGAUCACAGACUUCGUCAUUAUGCCACAGUUUACAAAGUUCAUCGUCGGAACUGGAGACCGAGAGAUUCAGUUCUUUGAGUUGUCGUCAUUCGAGCCAUAUUGUCAGAUCAGUGGUCUAGAAACUGUUCCUCUCAAACUGGACUACUGUUCUACUGGCCAUGAUGAAUGCCUGAUUCUGUUUGGCGACAGUCAGGGAGCAGUCAACAUUCUUGUCAUCACCUCCACUGGCGAGUGUCUAAGAACUUGGAAGAAAGCCACAAAAGUUGAUGAUUUCAUAGCGAGUGUAUCACUGAAUGAUGCUGUCGGACCCAAUGUCAACUUUAUACGAUGGGCCGUACACGGAGACUGGGUCCAACAGCUGAAGUAUUACCACGACAUUGGUCAGGUGAUUUCCUGCUCAAACCAUGCAAACACUGCCCUCGUCAUUGGCUGCACUACAGGAAGUACCCACGUUGAGGCCCAGCUCAAAGAGAUAAAAGAUGUUGGGCAGAAAGAGAACCGGGAACCAGGCACAAAUGUUCAAGAACGAGCCCGACAGAACAAAUACACUUAUGGGCUCAUGAAACAACGUCUAGAGACUGAUCAGUCGGUGUUCAAGGUGUACAAAGGCGUAAAGUGCUUCGACUUCUCGAAGGAUAAGAAUAUCAUUGUCACAGGUGGCAUGGACCGCAUCGUGAGACUGUGGAAUCCUUAUGUGCCAGGGAAGCCAACUGCCAUGUUACGAGGACACAGCGCGCCGAUCUUCUUCCUGUUUGUAGCCGAGGAGGAGAACAGAAUCUUCAGCAUUUCUACCGAUAAAUGUAUUAAGGUGUGGGACAUCCAGGAUCACAUGUGCCUCCUGACGAUCCGCCCAAAAAGCCACAAGAUCCGUGGAGAUCUGCAAGCAGUUCAUUAUUCCAAUAUCUCAAAAACAGUUGCCGUGGCAACGGACCAGAUGGCUGCACUCAACCUUAGACUUAAAGUUGAGAAAGACUUAGUAGGCGGAAGGCCGAGCCUGAAUGCGGACAUCGUGCUUACCCACAAAGAGCCAGUGACAGGAUGUCUCUAUAACCCUAGCUUUAAGCAGGUCAUCACGUGCUCAGAAAGCUCGACAAUCAAGAUUUGGGACUUUGAGACGGGGACAGCUAUAUUUGAGUACGGUGAAGCCCACGGUGACUCUGCCAUCACAUGUAUGACUUUCGACAAAUGUGAACGGAGGUUGAUAACUGGAGGUCGAGAUGGUCUGAUUCGAAUCUGGAACUACAAUAAUGGCCACUGCCUCAAGGUUUUACAGAAAGCUCCAACACAUACUGAUGAAGAAGAAAAAGGUCAGAGAAAGAUGGAGGAGGAGGAAGUGGAAGUGGAAGGGUAUGAAAAGACACUAGAAGAAAUUCGAAACCUUCGAAAAAGGAGAUUACUGGCCAACAAGGUUAAUUAUGGAAUAAAAGAUAUACCUGUCCCUCAACAACCAAAGAAAGUAGAAUUCCCGAACCCAGAUGAAGAAAACGAAGAGAUCUGUGACCUGACAUAUGUUGAGAUGAAUCGUAACAAGUACAUCGUGGGUGUGGGCUGGGAUAGGCGUAUCAAUAUCUACAGCGACGACGUCAACGACAGCAAUAUUCACCAUGUUCAGCACCCACUGCCAAACUGGCAUGAUGAUGUGAAUCGUGGCCAUAAAGAGGACAUUCUAUCUGUGGCCCAGUGUCCGCCAAACCUUCUCGCUACUGCCAGCUAUGACGGCAAGAUUAUCGUCUGGAACAUGGUCUCUGGUCACAUCUUUGCCAACCUCAUGGCACCAAAACCGUCAGACUAUGUAGACCAGUCAUUGGAUGGAGAUCUGAGCAUUAACAAGCUGUGUUUCAUGGCAACCCGGGCAUACAACAAGGAUGCGGGCUCCCUGAUCUCUAGCGGCCCCAGGGCUCACAUCCAUAUAUGGAACGUGUUCCAGGGAGGGACCCUCAUGGCCCAGUUUGCUGGGUCAAACUCUAAGGGUGCUAUGGUGAGUGUGAUGGAGGUGAACAAGGCCAACACGGUUCUGUUUACGGGCGACAGUCUUGGCUUUGUCUACCUCUGGGACAUCGAUGGAUAUGCUGCCACACACGUCGAGUCUGAACCACCAGAAGUGACGAUGACAUGGCGAGGUCACGUGAAGAGUGUAACGGCCAUCUCUCUGGUGGAAGAACAUAAACUGCUGAUCACAGCGUCUGUAGACUGCACAGUCAGACUCUGGAACAUGGACGGCCACUAUGUUGGUACAUUUGGUCAGCCUGACCCUUGGGACAUUUACAACCAGGGCACAUGGCAACACCCGAUGGUGCCGUAUGAUGUCCUCAUUGACCCCAUGAGUCUGCCAGACCACCCUGUUGUCUCUGAGAAACAGAACAUGCAUCAGAUCAUUUAUGAAGAUAAAUCUUCUACAGAUAAGACAACGCGGACCCCCACUCCUCCGGUUGUGUACAGCAAACAACAAUACCAUAUAGAUGACGACACUAUAGCUAGUCUCAUUAGGGAAAAGACCUUCAAGAAGGGAACAGGGAAAAGACAACGUCAUGAAAAGCUCCGCCCAGUGCGCAUUGAUAGAGGCGGGCCAAGCGAAUACCAGAUGCUUCGAACCCUCGAUCUAGAAGACACACCCAGACCUAAAACCCCCACCCUGAAAUUGGACAAGAAUGAUCCUUUCAACUUUAACUUCAUAGACUGAGAAAUAUGUGAUAUUCUAUUGUGUGACUUAUUUGCCAUUGGAUUGUAUAUUGAAUUAUUGUCUGUGAUAAAAAUGAAUUUCUGCUGCCAGAUGUGCAUAAUUGUUUGAAAGGGUAAAAAAUGUAGAUUAUAAAAUUUUAGUACAUGUGUAAUAGACAUGACGCUAAAUUGGAUCAAAACCACCUCUUUGUUUAACAAAAGAAUACAUUGAUUCCAAGUCCAUAUGUAUUUGUUUGUCAAGGGUUAUCAUGUGACUAGUAAAGCAUUCCAUUGGUUCAACAGUUAUGAAUAUUUAUAUCAUGGUGAAUCAGCUUCCUGUUACCAGGUGACUUGAAAAGCUAUCCAUUGGUUCAACAGUUAUGAAUAUUUAUAUUAACGGGGUCAGUGUCCUGUUAUCAAGUGACUUGAAAAGCUCUCCACUGGUUUAACUGUUAUGAAUAUUUAUAACAGGGUGGAUCAGCAUCCUGUUACCAUGUGAUUUGUAAAGCAUUCCAUUGGUUAAACAGUUAUGAAUAUUUAUAUAAGGGUGGAUCGGCGUCAUGUCAAUUAUGUACAUGGACAUGUGUACUUGUAAGUUGAGAUCUGUAUUGUGUUGCGAUAGGCUUCAUAAACUUACUUCUUUGAGAGUUAGAAUAUGAAUAUGUUAUUUCUUAUAACUGUAUGUGUCGAUUGGUUUGUUCCGGAGUUUUUCGGCAGCAUCUGCUACGCUGUGAUAGAUUUAAACACUGUUAUUUAUGUUGCACCAAAAGACGUUCUGAAUCGAACAUUUUAUUUGUUGUCACUAUGUGUGUAUUGUUGUUGAACUCUCUUCCUUUUACAAAGUCAUCUUUUAACAUUUCCUGAGUACUGUAAUAAAAUAAA